GAUGUGAUUUGCUCGAUUGAAACGCCAAUAUCCACAUUUUACCAAUAGAUACGGUCGCGCACUGCUUGCACCACAGCUGCAAAUCGAACCGACUCCCCUUCGAAUUCCAAUCGGCCACGUUCGCGUUAUUUUGUUCUGUUCCAAAAUAUGGAGCCCAUGGUGACACACAACGGUUUCUAUCAUAACUGCAUGAGACCGUGGUUACCGACUGUGCAACACAAAACAAAGAUUUGCCAUUGUCAGACGUUUAUGUCAGGGUUCCGUCUCUAAACAAAAGUAUGCAGCAGCCGACAGACACAGCCGUCUCUAAGGGUACGUCUAGCGGAGGAUGUACGGCGGAACUGCGGCCAGAGAGCACAGUCUCUGUAGUGAGUCUUGGUGGCGGCGAUGCUGAUUCUUCUACUAGGAAAGACGUGCAGUUUCUGCAACUGUACAACAAUCUAUGGUAUGGGCAGAUGUGCGCGCUUCCCCGGCUUCAGGGCAGGUCCACUGGAUAUCACCGGGCAUCCUCGGCUUCUACCCCCGGGCCCAGGCCGAUUCUGUGCCACCUUCCGAUCGCAUCUCCCCUCGGUAAGAGCGUUAUCUCACCAUCGGGCUCAAUCCCACAAUGUAGACACGCAAGCAGCAUUACUCGCAAUAUCCAAAGCAGCAACUCCAGACUUUUUUCUCCACUCUUUACUUCAACUCCUACAAACCAGAGCCCUGGUCAACCCGACUUCAGUCCGCCUCGCUACGUUCUUGAUACAACGACGUCGUCGUCAAAGCCGCCUUCUGUAGAACGCCACUUCGUGUUUUCUACGUCGACCCACGUCGCAGUGCCUUUGUAUAGUCCACACAGUGGUUUGACUACGGCACCGAAAGGAAGACAUCCGAUUGUGCUAGCAAAUUGUCUGUCAUCCCCGCCAUCUUAUGUAGGUAAAGCGCUUACCCAUGCUGCUGAACGAGUGUUCACAACAAUGGCGUCUCACACUUUGCCCAAACCACCGUCGUGUUCAGCUCUCAUAGGGUCGAUGACCGCCUCCUCAAAUAAUUCUUCGGAAAACAAAGGCAAAACACAGGAUUCUAAUCUACAGAACAAAGAGGUCAUGGUUCCUCCACCAAGGCGUCCAGUUGGACCACGGAGAUGUCUGGCUAAAGAAUUUGGACAUGAACAUCCUCGAAAACAUCACCAGGUCACAAAGGACGACAUCGAAUGCUCGGUGCUUCCCGCAACGCCCUGUACAAGCUCAAACCCAUGCCAACAUGGCUCAUGUGAAUCUCCUUUUGGUGAACGUGUCCCCAUGGUUACAACAGUUCGUCCAAGCCAAGUACGGCUACCCGUGCCUAAGCCGAAUAAAUCUGCACCAGCCAUCCCAGCGUAUUUGACAAAGACGAGCCCUGAAGACACACCAUACUUCAUGCCCUCCCCUGUAUAUCUACUGUCAGGUAAACAGUGUUCGACCGGGAAGCAUCCACGCGUGCUGCAAUCUCCAGGCAUCACCAAGUCAACAGUCGAUAUGAAACCGUCCGUCAGGAUGCGGCCGACACUUCCAAAGCAAGGGAGUACUUCUUACACUGUUCAACUCAUUCCCAGAUCCAACCAAGCCCCCACGUAUCUGUCCAAAGUACCGGGAACUGUAAUGGUAGAGAAUACAGCAUUGAGUAAUCCUAAAAUUCUGUCAGGGAAGACUGGGUUGUUCCCUCAGGGCGCUAACAAAGCCACUGUUCUGCUGUCAUCCACUGGGCUAAAACAGAGGCCGUGUGCGGGAGAAAGCCGGUCUCGGCACAACACACCAAACAGCCAGUCAGCCACGGAUAAAAUCUGUAACCCAGCGGCGGUGCAGUCAUCGGAUUUUGAUCCAUCAGUGUUCCUGGUAGCUUUACCAGGUACAGGGGUGGGUGUUUGCAAGAAAGAAAAGUCUGAAUCUUACAUCACAGACGAACCUCUCUCAAAGAAAAAUUCAGAACGAUGGCUUCAUAGAAAGACUACAGAAAGUGGAUCUGACUUACAGAGUGACGCCACGAAAGAUCAUUGCGCCGAUGUCCCUUUAGAUAUUCUCUGUGAACACUUUGAUAACAUGUCAAGUUACGGUCGAAAAUGUAGAGGUGCAACGCAAGUGUAUGGGUUCUCCUUUGCUCCCAUUCCACAGCCCGAAGGAUAUCACGUCAUUUGCCCGCACUGCGGGAGGGAGCUUUCCCGGGAGAGACCACAGGCCAGCCCCGCUACUGACCCCGUCAGCUGGUACGAUAGAAACUGUUACAUCUGUCAGCAAAACCCUUACAAAGCUAGGUGUUACACGUAAUGUUAUCUUUAAGAGUGAGUUCUACCGUAUACAUCUAAUGGUUAUGAUGACUAUUUCAUAACUCUCCACGUUUCUCGUAUAGUUGCAGUGAAGAACUUUUCAUUAUCAAUAUGUGACAUUAGGCCUAGGAAAAUGUUGCGUUUCCGAUUACGGUCCUGCAAGAAAUUAUGUCGGUAAAUGUUCAUUAUCUUUUUGAUUCAACAAAUACUGUUUAACAAUGUAAAACUGAAAUACAUCCAGCACUAGUAUUUUCAACAUCAUAUUGUAAUUAUUCAUCAGAUCAUAUUGUACAAAAAGAUAAAAAGAUAAGUACAAUGUUUACUACACUUUCAACUGUUCAAUUAAUCUGUUGACAGAUCGUGAAAUACAUUGAGUCUGUUUUUCAAUUAGUCAAUCAGAUAAACAAAAAAUGUAAUUGGUAGGCCAUGGUAGUCAGGAUUGUUGCUAGUAUCGGUCAGGUAACCGAAAACACAACUUCCUUAACCUUAGAUAAUUGAUUAUCUUUGACAAAUUCGCCACUAUUUGACGAUCACCAUUAUAUUAAGCUGUCUGUUUUGUCAUGACCUACACACCCGCAACAAGUGCAGACUUGGUACAUAAUGGAACAAAAAAUAUUGUUUUUAGUAAGGUCCUUAUGUUCUGUAGGAUGGAGUGUAGCUUAUCACUUUAAUAACUAGAGUUCGGCGACCUCAUACCUCCAUGAAAAUU